AUGAUAGUCCCGGUCGAUGUCGACAGACUGAAAUAUCCCAGAUACUUUAAUCCCCGUGUAGAUUCCGAUACGGAGUCCGAGCGCUAUGAGACGGUUUACCCAGGAUGCAUUAGGGCGUUCCACCCAAUCGAAAGGUGCCAAACUUGGGCGGAGUCUUGCGUGUUCCAUUGAAGGCUCCGAGAACGUAUCGUGAGUACAUAGCAGGCUGGACGUGAGGUCCUCUUAUCCUCUGAACCACAACUUCGUCGGCACCGUUGGAAAAACACAAAGGCUGGUCGACACCAACUCUUGAUCAACGGGUAAUAUUCCUGUCAGCACAACGCACGUACGUCUCAAAAUGGCGAUAUCUACGGAGCUGGUGACUUUUCUCAUCUGGGUCAGCAUCUUAUCUUCGUCUCAAGGCGGCGGCAAGAAAGGACUUGUAGGCAUGAAUCCACAUGAGUACCUGCACAAGUUUGGGUACAUCAAACCCCUGAAACAAGGUGUUCAGCACGAGCCAUCCACCUGGGAGGAGGCCAUAAGGGAUUUCCAGGUGAUGUCCAACCUCCCAGUCACCGGUCAACUCGACACGGCGACCAUGACCAAAAUGAAACAGCCUCGUUGUGGUGUAGAGGACAACGUCGGCACGGGCCUCCUGGGAAAGGGUGAAAGGUCAUCAACGUCAGACAUGCGCAGUAGGUUCGAGGAAGACAGCCGGAGAACCAAAAGGUACACACUUCAAGGUGAGAAGUGGACUAAGACGCACCUGACGUAUUACAUCGUCAACAACGCCAGCAGUCUACCGUAUGAAGACGUGAAAGCGAUCCUGAACAGAGCCGUGCAGGUCUGGGCAGAAGUUUCUCCCCUGACGUUUGAAGAGAAGCGGGAUGGUUGGGCGGACCUGUACAUCUACUUCGCUCGGGGGGAGCACACGGACGGCCCGGAGAAUGCAUUCGAUGGUCCCGGUGGGAUUCUCGGUCACGCCUUCUUCCCGACCAGUGGCCACGCCCAUUUUGAUGACGAAGAGAAGUGGACCAAUGAGGGGAAGGAUGGGAAGAACCUGUUUAUGGUGGCCGCUCACGAGUUUGGCCACACCCUUGGACUGGCUCACUCUAACGUAGAGGAGUCCCUGAUGUCUCCGUACUACCAAGACUACAAAACCGACUUCAAGAUGCCGUAUGAUGACGUCAUGGCAAUUCAGCAGUUGUAUGGUAAAGUGGACGCUGACAGGUACUCCGCCAACUACCUGCCUCCAGCCGGGCCCACCCCAACAUUGCAUGACGGGACCAACUCGAUCAAACCGCACCUGCGCCCGACGCGCAAGCGCAAGAGAGCUCCUAACGGCUGCAAGGCCAAAUUCGACGCCAUCUUUUUAGGUAAACAAGGACAGACAUUUGCCUUCCGCGACAAACACUUUUGGCUGAUCGAUGAUGAUGGCAUCUCCUUCGGCUACCCGAAGAUGAUCAGGAAACAAUGGCCGGGUCUGAAGGGACACAUAGACGCUGCCUUCACGUCAAUCUACACCAAUAAAACCUACUUCUUCAGAGGCCGUAAGCUGUGGAGAUUUGACGGCUUCACCCUGGACGAGGGCUACCCGAAGUCGACGGUGCGGACUGGCCUUCCCGCCAAACCUGACGCCGCCUUCGUGUGGGGAGGGAACGGCCAGGUCUAUAUCUUCAAGGGCGCGGAAUUCUGGCAGUUCAACGAGGUCACGGAGCGAGCGGACCCGGGCUUCCCGCGGAAAAUUCGCGCCACAUGGCUGGGCAUCGCUAAUAACAUCAACGCCGCGCUCCAAUGGAGGAACGGACGGACUUACUUCUUCAAGGGAGAUCGGUACUGGAGGUUCGAUGACGUCAUGAGGAGGAAAGCCAGGGGUUACCCGAGGUCAAAGGCGCAGGCCUGGAUGGGGUGUGCACGAGCGGACCCAUGAGAUAUAUACUUUUAUAUCGACUUGCAUUCUAGGGAGACACUAUAUACAAGAAUCAACAGAAAUACGACAGCAUACCUGUAUAAAGAAUAGUAUUGGAAUGAUAACACUUUAUUGUGGGGAGGGGUACCAUUACUCUCCAAGCAGAGGUUAGGCUCUGGCUGUUUUUUGAAGUUUUUGAAGGCGUUUUUAUCGGGCUUUCUAUUUUGUACUGAAAUCUCGAUGUCUCCCGGAAAAAAUAGAAAGCCCGAUGAAAACGCCCACAAAAACGUUAAAAAACAACCGGAGCCUACCCUCUGCUUGGAGAGUGGGGUAGCAUUGUUUUCAUGCAGUUCCUUUUUAGCAUUUUACAAUCACAUUUUUGCUUUUUGUAUAAAGCAGUAGUCUAGCCAUUUGUGUCUUCCAUAUAUUAGUUUGAUGGGGAAAAUUCCUUUAUUGUCACUGUGAUUAAACUCUUUGUUGCUGGUGACGGUUCAGAAACAUUACUUUAGACAAAAAUACAGAAAACAAAAGUAACUGCCACGAAAUUUGUAGCCACAAGUAAUAGAAUCAACUGGAUUAGCGGUUGCAAUUUCAAAUCCACUUAUAUCGCGAUCGGCUCAAUAAAAGUAAUGUGAACAAGAACUAGCGGCUAAAACACCAUUUCUUCUGAAAAAACGAGAGAACCCUAAGAAAUGGCGAUAGAUCAUUACAUUUCCUGUUUACGUUCUUUCCAUCGGGCAGGUUGUCAGAAAUUGGGAAAUAGAAGAUUUAUGUGUAAGAAUAGUUUUGGUUUGGAGAGUCACGGGCCACCCACCGUGUCGCGAACUUGACCGGGGAUGUUUUGAAACUCGACGCUACUGUUCUGGGCCGCAGAGGAAACCGCACACGUUACGGGGGAAGGAGAAAGAAAGGAGUGCUUCUUGUCAAGAAAACGAAUGUUUGGAUUCGUGCCACUUGCCAAUAGCAACGUUUCCCCCUGCAAAAACGCAACUCGGGACUUCAGAUUUAAUUAAAAACAUGCCUUGUCAGGCAACAGGCUAAAGGAGAAGCUUGCCUUCCGUAGUCUGGGUACCAUCCUUCGUGGUAUCAAACCGCUGGCUCAAUCUUUUCGUUUGCAAGUGUGGUAAGUAAGAGAAAAGAUGUGGUUACUACAGACGAUGGUACCCAGGCUUCUAGUAUGCCUUCCAUUCAAUUAGGACUAUUACUAUCAGUGAUGUACGGGAUUUCAAGUCAGUAUGUGCCAUGGAAUGCGGUAAAGGGAUAGUGAGAUCAUUUACCGGAAACAGUACUUUUUGACCAACGUAACAUUAAAAGCACGUCAACGGUUCCGAGUACGCAUGCGGCAGCAACAUGAACUGUGGGUAAUAUGUGAAAGCUGAUCAAAGACCUCAAGACUUAAAAAAGCACGUCUGGACAUUAUUGUGCAAACCGAAUGAGUGGUUGAGCCGAUCUGUUUACACGUCAGGGGCCCUCACCUUUGACUUACAUUUGGUGUCGCUGUAUAAGUGAACUUGGAACCCUGAACGUGGUUAUGAAUGCUUAGGUCACAUUUCCAAACCGGGGCCCGGCCGGGCAGUAUGUCGGAACGAAAAGUAGGAUAAGACAAAAGACAAUAAAACACGCAAAAAAAAAAAAAUCAUCAAUUUCAUUUUUUGUUUCGGAAAACAGCCCGGCCGGCCCCCUGUUUAUAAAUGUGACCUAAGCAUAAACCGUAAAGUUUUGUAAAAAAAAA